AUGGCCGACUCCUCAUCAUCCAGCCUGAAUGGCGCCAGGUCGCGCCGCUCCUGGACCGUGUCGGCAGAUUCAGAAGCCACGGAGAGUUCCAGUCGCAGCAAUGGUCGACUUUCUAUGGAAUCCACUUCUGAAAGACCCAGAACACAGGGCGGAGAGGUUGCGGAUCCCGGCAGGGCUGGCCCCAGCGGGUUCUCCAAGCUUCUCAAUGCUCGGCGUCGGCGGAAGAAGAAACACCAGAAACAGGAGGAGGAGCCGGCAGUACCGGCAGUACCGGCAUUGCCUCCUAUGGAACACAACCCUCAGGAAACCUGGCCGACCGAAUCUCGAGAUGGCAACCAGGCAGCGGCCUCUUCUCAUAAUGGCAGCGCGGCGGCGCCUGAUGGCGAGGUGAUCACUUUACUCACCGAUGACUCCGAGCCAGACAAGACUCCGCCGCUCACCUCCCACAACUCACAUUCGGGAUUCUACACCUCUUCCUCUCCAUUGAUUAAGACGACUUCGGUAGAUGCGACUGAUACGGACGGAAGACAUGCCGAUACGGAAUCAGCAAUUAGCGGUCCUAGCGCGACGGGCUCGGAAUCGAAUCCAAGCGACCCCCCGAGGCCCGCGACACAACACAGCAUGGGCCUGGACGUUCCUGCCGAUGCGAGUGGGAAAAGACGGAGUGUUUCUCCGGGCAGACGUCUGAAGGAUGCACUCAGCUCAGACAAGAAAAGCUCGAAUGAAGACCCAGAUCAAGCAUCAUUGAAAUCCGGAGGGAAUCUCACCGAAGAUAAACCUCGCUCUUUGGAUGAGAGUCCCAUGCCCAAUACGCCUCCGCAUACGGCCAUCCCAGCGCCGGCUACUACUGUGACCCCUCCUACUCCAACAGAAAACCGCCCCUUCAACACUCCAAUCCUGACUGAUACUGUCACCGAAUCUCCUGAUUCCAUUAAGGCCCCAAAUUCGACGUCGUCAGGGGCCAACGUCAGCUCUUCAGGCAGCAUCGUCUCUCAUCGGCGGGUGCGCUCUGCCUCUGCAGCUCACGGCCCGAGCAAAUUGUCAUCUGUCACCUCGUUAACUCCCUUGGAUGAAAACAACUCCCCCGGGUCGAGGAACGCCAGUUCCAACCAGCAAAAUGGAUUUUUCUCAUCUGUGUUUUCUGUUGCUCAAAAUGCGGCAUCUUCGCUCAGUAACAGCCUGAACGGCCCCCAAAGAAACCGUGCGGGCUCCCAGCCGACGUCUCCUGCCAUCGACAAUGUUGAAAAAUCCCAGACUGGGGCUGAAGGGACGGACAAGGCACCGGGCAACGACAACAAACCGGAAGAUGGAAAACCAUCUGCUGUGGAGACCCUUGGAGCUGGGGAUCUAAACUUUAGUCACCUGGACAUGGAUGUGCCACCGGGUGAAGUGAUUUCCACCACCGACGGCGCGGUGGUCACCAAACCCGAAACACCCUUUGACAAGCGCAAGAACGCAACGGUACACCGGCGAGAUGAAGAGGCUGCCAAGCUCGAGGACCAACGCGCAGCGCGUGCAGUUUACAUGGCCUACGAAAAACCAUCGGCACCAUCUUCGGUGGGUCCCUCGGCAGACGAUGGACUGGAGCUCCAAUCCACCAUAUCGCUUCCGAGAGAUGGCACCAUCACAGGCGACCACACGCCCCCAAGCGGUAGUAUUCUUGACGGCGAUUUGAGUAGUGGUAUAAAACGCAGUAAUAGCGUGCGCAGCCGACUCGCUAGGCGCCAUCGGGGCUCGUCUGGCGCAACCAACUCAACAAUUGGUGCUAUCGGUGCCACCACCGCCAAUGCCCUUGCACUCGGCGUCCCUGGGAUGAAUGCCAGUGCACCUCGGUUGACUGGAUUUGCUGUUGCGAGCAAGAAGCGCAACAGAGACUUUCAUCAGUUGUUUCGCAGUGUCCCCGAAGACGAUUACCUGAUCGAAGACUACAGCUGUGCUCUGCAGCGUGAAAUCAUUCUCGCCGGUCGCAUCUACAUCUCCGAGGGACAUAUCUGUUUCUCCAGCAACAUUCUCGGAUGGGUCACCACGCUUGUCAUUAGCUUUGACGAGGUUGUGGCCAUCGAAAAAGAGAACACAGCAAUGGUGUUCCCCAAUGCGAUUGCCAUACAGACCCUCCAUGCGCGACAUACCUUCCGGAGUUUGCUCAGCCGCGAAUCAACGUAUGAUCUCAUGGUCAACAUUUGGAAGAUUAACCAUCCCUCUCUGAAGAGUUCCGUGAACGGCACCCGCGUGACCCAUGGCACUGGGGACAAGACCGAGAAGGUUGGAGAAAGCGACUCCGAGAGCGAUGUGUCCGAUGAGGACGAGAUCUACGAUGAGGACGAGGAAGAUGAGAAUGCUGAUAGCUUUUUCGAAGCCGGAGAUGCUAGUGUCAACGCAAGUCAGCAAUCGUUGCCAGCACGAGCGGGGCUAAGUCGCCAGACUUCGGGCCUGUCUAUCAACCAGACAGCUGCUGCUACUAAACAGAACUCAAAUGGCGACACCAAGAACGGCGAUAAAUCUGCCGCUUCCAAGGAGCCAGCGAUUGACUUCCCUGGCCCGACUACACAUGCAGCCACCGAGUAUACGGAAUCUAAUGGCCAGUACGAAAAGGUCAUCAAGGAUGAAACGAUUCCGGCACCCCUCGGCAAAGUCUACUCAUUGGUAUUCGGUCCAGCCUCAGGAGAAUUCAUGACGAAAUUCCUCGUUGACAACCAGAAAGUCGGCGAGCUGCAGUUCGAGGGAACAACAAAGGGCCUGACCAACGAAAGCCGAAUCAGGAAAUAUUCAUUCAUUAAGCCUCUGCCGGGCUCCAUCGGGCCCAAACAGACCAAGUGUAUCACUACCGAAAACUUGGAUUUCUUGGAUCUCGAGAAGGGGGUUCUCGUCACAUUGACUACCCAGACCCCAGAUGUGCCAAGUGGGAAUGUCUUUGCCACCAAAACCAAAUACCUUUUUACAUGGGCUGCAGGGAACCAAACCCGCUUUCUCGUGACCUGCACUAUUGAAUGGUCGGGUAAGAGUUGGUUGAAGGGUCCCAUUGAAAAGGGCGCAAUUGAUGGCCAAACGACCUAUGGAAACGAGCUCGUCAAGUCUCUCAAGGUCGGCGUUGUUCCCCGCGGGCGUACCAAUGGCGCUGCAAAGGGCAAAGGUCGGCGCAAGAAGGGCGAUGCCGCAGCUCGAGAUGCAUCAGCAGCGUCCUUGAAGGCUGCGGUCGAUGGCAACGCUGGACAAGCUGAAUCCUGGGGGUUGCUUGAAUCUAUUCGCCCGAUCCUUGAGCCUGUUGCCAGCAUGUUGACCCCGCUGUGGAGUGGCAACAUUGCGAUCUUUGUCAUUGGAAUUUUGCUGUACAUGGUUUUCUUCCGCUCGCCGUCGCCCCCGUCCACGCUCUCACAUGACGUGGGCUGCCCUGGAUAUGCUCUGCCGCAACGAUUGGCUGCAUAUGAAGAAAUGUGGCGGCGCGAAGAAAGUGAGCUUUGGAAUUGGCUCGAGGAUCGGGUUGGCAUGGAUGGUAUGGUUUUUCCAACCGUCCACCGAUCGCCUGAGCCACACCCAAGCCGCAGAUCUUCUCGGGUCAAUGCAGCCGACGAGCGCGAGUUAGCUUCGCGGCUGCGUGAAGAGAAAGUUUCAGAUCGAGAAAUGGAUCAUGCCAUUCGCACGACUCGCCAGCGACUCGACGUUCUCGAAGAAAUAAUCAACAAGCGCAAGGCCCAGUGGGAAGUCGAGGAGGAGCAAAUCCGCCCUGAACUGUAA